GCAAGGGCCUGAAACUGGCCACCAGCUAUACGAGCACAUCCCUAAACGAAGCAGUCCAGCUGCGAUUGGAUACCAGCAAUGAUGCAAUAAAGCCACAAACUCUGCCCGAAUUCUUUCGCGAGACUUGUGAAAAGUACGCAGAGUUGCCAGCGUUGAUGUGGGAAACAACCGGCAAGGAUAAGUCCUGGCAGACGCUCAGCUAUGCGGGGUAUGCAAAGAGAGUGGAACAAGCGGCGCUGAUGCUGUUGCAUGUGGGCCUGGAGGAGCGCAGUUCGCUGGGCAUAUUGGCAUUCAAUUGCCCCGAAUGGUUCUUGGCCGAGCUGGGCGCAUUGCGUGCCGGCGGCAUUGUGGCUGGCAUUUAUCCAAGCAACUCGCCGGAGGCAGUGCAUCAUGCGCUGGCCACCAGCGAGGCGACCGUCUGCAUCGUCGACGAUGACAAACAGAUGGCCAAACUGCGUGCAAUCAAACAUAGACUGCCACGCCUCAAGGCGGUCAUCCAACUACAUCCGCCCUAUGACAGUUUCGUGGAUCGCGAAGAGGGCUUCCACAGCUGGCAGCAAUUGGAGCUGUCCGUUUACGGCACCGAACUGCAACAGGAGCUGCUGCGCCGCGAGCAGGCAAUCUAUGCCAACGAGUGCGCCAUGCUGAUCUUCACCUCGGGCACGGUGGGCAUGCCCAAGGCUGUGAUGCUCUCCCACGACAGCAUUGUGUUCGAUGCCAAGAUUGUCUCCGAUACCAUUGAGAACACGGUGGUGGGUGCGGAACGUUUGGUCAGCUAUUUGCCAUUGAGUCACAUUGCCGCCCAAGUCUUUGACAUCUGUUUGGCGAUGACGUUUGGUGGCUGUGUCUACUUUGCGGAUAAGGAUGCCCUCAAGGGCACCCUCGUGCGCACCUUUGUUAAGGCACGACCCACACGCGUGUUCGGUGUGCCGCGUGUCUUUGAGAAGUUCCAGGAGCGUCUGGUGGCUGCCGAGGCUAAUGCCAAACCCUAUUCCCGUCUGCUCUUGUCCAAGGCCAGGGAGCUGAUGACCCAGCAUCAGUUGGCUAAAAUUGCGGGUGAGAAGUGCUCCAUGUAUGGCCUGGCCAAAUAUUGGCUGGCCGCUCGUCUCAUUCGGCCCAUACGUGAAAUGUUGGGCUUGGAUCAAUGCAAGACGUUCCUCACGGGCGGCGCGCCCGUUACCUCGGAAUUGAAGCACUACUUCUUGGGCCUGGACAUGCCACUCGGCGAUAUCUAUGGCAUGUCGGAGAUGGGCGGUGCUGUAACCAUGCACGCACAUAUCACCAACCUGUACAGCUCGGGUGCACCACUGAGGGGCAUCGAGAUGAUCAUACACGAGCCCGAUGCGAGUGGCCAGGGUGAGAUUUGGUUGCGUGGUCGCAACAAUUUCAUGGGCUACCUGGGUGAACCCGCCAAAACGAUGGAGUCCAUCAGUGCCGAGGGCUGGGUGCGUACCGGUGAUAUGGGUUACCUGGACACGCAUGGCAAUGUCGUUUUAUCGGGCCGACUCAAGGAGAUCAUCAUCACGUCUGCCGGUGAGAAUAUACCACCCGUGCACGUCGAGCAGCUGAUCGGGCAAGAGUUGCCCUGCGUCAGCAAUGUUCUGCUGAUUGGCGAUCAUCGAAAGUAUUUAACCGUUCUGCUGACACUGAAAACCAAAUGCGAUCCACAAACCGGUCUGCCACUGGAUGAGCUGCGCGCGGAAACAAUCGAGUGGCUGCAGCAGCUGGGACUUCAUCAGACGCAUCUCUCCGAUUUGCUCAACAUCCGUGCGGAUCUCAAGUUGCCGAGUGAUAGCAAUGCGCUCGCUGCCGCUCUGAAGAUCGAUGCUGAACCGAAACUGCUUGCGGCUCUGGAGGCGGGCAUCAAGCGUGCCAAUGUGAAUGCCAUCUCGAAUGCACAGCGUGUCCAGAAGUUUGCUCUGCUCCCCCAUGAGUUCACCACGGCCACCGGCGAACUGGGACCCACUCUCAAAAUUAGACGCAAUAUUGUGCGCGCCAAGUAUGCUCCGUUGAUCGAUCGUCUCUACAAAUGAGUUACAUUAUUUUUAGCUAUAUUUUUUAAUACUCAGAUAUUGUUUUAACACCUUUCUUCUUCUACAAU